AUGAUCAAUGGUCUUAUAACGGACAAUGAAAUUUCAGUAAACGACGUCAUUAGACAAGUUCUUCGUGGAAACGCCUCUUCAACGACAUCAUCGGAUGGUUCGCGUCUGAGUAAUCCGCAUGAUAAUAAGAUGACAGCAAUGGCUACCACAACCGUAUCAUCGGCAAGUUCCUCUACCUCGAAACCGACCACAAUGGCGCCGGUAACAACCAAUGUUUGGCAGCAAAGAAUGGCUGCUCGUCAACGCGAGCAACAGCAGCAACUGGCGAUGAGCUCUAGCAAUGCUACAAAGGAAAUCUCAGCGCCGCACAAUUCUGCGGACAACUUUUCUGCAACGUCAGUCACAGCGACCUCAACGCCUUCGCUUUUGAGAAGAACCGCUGCUCCUUUCGCCAGUAGGUCAGAAAGUCAACCGGCUAGCACAGUCCCGGCUCCGAUCGGUCCUCCAAGCUCAUCAGCUUCCCUCGAUAAAGAGCUGCCGAGAAAAGCACCAGGGUACAGAUCACCGAGUACUCAAACCUCGUCUAGUUCAUCUGCGCCGGUCGAACAAACUAUCAUUUCCUCGGUUGCAUCAUCGGUGUCAUCCACACCUCCACCAGCACCAAUUGGGUCGGACUCAUCGGCUCGUUGUGUGAUGAAUUCACCGCCAAUCCCUAUCGCUCCACCACCAGGAUUUUCUUCGCUAGCUUCAGAAGUUUCGAAGUCCGCAUCCGUCAAAGCAACUGUGAGCCCAUUGUCAACGCCGUCAGUGGAACCACCUGGCGUUGAUGUUGUUAUAUCGUCGCUGAACGAUAUCGCCACAUCUACCGUUGCUCCAGUAGGAAAACUAUCGAGUGCUGAUUCUCUUACAACCCCCACAGGAACAGGAAAUGACCUCUCAGCCAUGCAAUUCCUUGAUGAAACUACACGUGCUAAGCUUGCAGAGAUAUGGGGAACAGGUAAACAAGACCAAACAUCACAGGAACAAGCUUGGGGUAAUCAAGUGCUGCUAAACAACUUCGCUAAUCUUAACAUUCGAAGCUCGUCAACUGAUUGGGCUAGCGCUCCGCACGACAACUUGUUCAUGAGCUCACCGUCAUCUAAGGUGGCCAGUGUCUCAUCCAACCAGCAGAGCAUAUCUGCUCAUCAAUCUGGAACAACUUUCGUGACGAGCCCUUCAAGCAACGACUGGCCUGUUUCUUCCGCAAAGUCGAUGCCUCUUUACGCACGACCUCAGGCCCGUAUUCCUACUGUUCCUCCGCACCCUAUAGGUAACACCUCUUCAACCACAUCUACCAUGCCACGUCAGUAUAACUCCAGCUCAAGUCAACCAGAAAAUAAUAUGCUCUUUAACCAGUUGGCUGCACAGCUACUCAUACAACAGCAAGGGGUUGCUUCAACGCCCGUUCCACCAGCCCAGUCAUACUAUCCGUCUCCGUCUUACACUGAUCCUGCUAUCAUUGGAAUGGGUCAUUUGAAUACUCCAACCACUGGUAGCGCUGGAAAUUCUGCUUCUUCUAUUGCUCCAAAAUCGGCGUACAAUAAUCCUUACCAGGCCGCAAGCAAUGAAUACGAGUCAUUGAAUUCACUGCUUAGCAGUUCUUUUGCCCAUCAUCAAAAUGGUGACUUCAAUAUUUCACAUGCGUCGUCCACAUACCCAUCGUCACCUUCUGCGGCUCGUUCACUGAAUGCAUCACGCAUUCAGUCAGGUGCUGGAGCCUUCGCUCCACCACCAGGUUUCGCUUCCGUUGUUUCCUCUCAAAGCACAGGGAUCGGUGGAGCGAAUCCGGCGGUGCCACCACCGUCUCUUAGGCCUUAUUACAAUACACAAAUGCCGCCACCGGCCGGCUUGCCACUUCAGCCGUCUCAGCAUGCCUCGUUCACAACAUAUAAUAGUCAGCACAACAAUUGGAUGUCAUCUGGUCACGGGAAACAAACAGGCGGUUUGCAACAGCAAUUGCCUUGGUGGAAUUAG